AUGUGCAAAAUUUUUAAAUGUAGGGAGAGUUGUCUCACAAGUCAUUGGCUGAUACAAUCUUUUGAUUUUCUAGCAGUCCCGGGAGAAGGAGCAGAUGACGGUGAUAGCGGGAACGAGAGCAGGAGCGGAAGCGAAGAAACCAACGUCUGUGAGAAAUGCUGCGCCGAGUUCUUCAAGUGGACGGACUUCCUGGAGCACAAGAAGAGCUGCACUAAAAACCCCCUGGUGCUGAUUGUCAACGAAGAUGAACCAGCUCCACCCCCCGCUGAGGAAUUCCCUGAGCCCUCCCCUGCAAGCUCUCCCAGUGACCAGGCAGAGAGUGAAGCUGCUGAAGAAGGCGUCCAGGCAGAAAACAAUGACAGCUCUGAGGUAAAAAACACGGAAAAAGAAGAAGAGCCAAUGGAGGUAGAAACUUCUGCAGAGAAGAGUUUCCAGACUCAAGGCACCUCAAACACAGCUACUCCUCUACCUCAGAUCCCUGAACCAUCUUCCAUGACAAGCUAUAACAUGCCAAACACCAAUGUCACACUAGAGACUCUGCUGAGCACUAAAGUGGCAGUCGCGCAGUUCUCGCAGAGUGCACGGGCCACCGCUUCCGCGAGCAUCAGCAGCGGGGUGACGGCUGUGGCCAUCCCCAUGAUUCUGGAGCAGCUCAUGGCCCUGCAGCAGCAGCAGAUUCACCAGCUCCAGCUGAUCGAGCAGAUCCGCAGUCAGGUGGCAAUGAUGAACCGCCAACCCCUGCGACCAUCCCUCAACCAGAUCGUGGCUGCCCAGGGUGGUCCCGGGCAGGCCUCCAACCAGCUGCAGGGGUUUGCCGCCAGCGCCGCCGUCCAGCUCACUGCAGUCAUUCCCUCAGCCAUUGUGGGGCAGGCCACCAGUGGUCAGCCCACUGCCUUCGACGGCUCCCAGCACAUCUCGAGACCUACAUCUGGAGCAAGUACACCCAGUAUAUCCGGCGGUGGCUCUUCUGCCCUGCCUGAAUCGGGUGUACCUUCCUCCUCGAACGCAAUUACGUCCAUAACUCCCAUUUCUGUGUCAAAUGCUCCUAACAGCGCUUCGCAGCCCCAGAAUGCUUCGACUCCACCUUCAAUAGGACAUGGAAGCCUCACCUCAGUAUCCAGCCUGCCAAACCCACUUCUACCUCAGACUUCAUCAAAUAGCGUAAUCUUCCCCAAUCCGCUGGUUAGCAUCGCCGCAACUGCUAAUGCGCUCGAUCCUUUGUCUGCCCUUAUGAAGCACCGCAAAGGAAAGCCACCAAAUGUGUCAGUGUUUGAACCCAAGUCAAGCUCCGAGGAUCCCUUUUUUAAACAUAAAUGCCGAUUUUGUGCCAAGGUCUUUGGAAGUGACAGUGCUUUACAAAUUCACCUCCGCUCGCAUACAGGCGAAAGACCUUUUAAGUGUAACAUAUGCGGAAACCGCUUUUCCACAAAGGGCAACCUGAAAGUUCAUUUUCAGAGGCAUAAAGAGAAAUACCCUCAUAUUCAGAUGAACCCUUAUCCUGUUCCAGAAUACCUCGAUAACGUUCCCACCUGCUCUGGAAUCCCGUAUGGGAUGUCGCUGCCCCCCGAGAAGCCGGUAACAACGUGGUUAGACAGUAAACCUGUUUUACCAACCGUCCCGACUUCCAUUGGGCUCCAGCUGCCCCCCACUAUACCCGGUGUGAACAGCUACGGAGACUCUCCAAGUAUCACUCCUAUGAGCAGAUCACCCCAGAGGCCUUCUCCCGCCUCCAGUGAAUGCACUUCUCUAUCCCCGAGCCUCAACACUUCUGAGUCAGGCGUUCCUGCGUCUGCUGAAUCCCCGCAGCCUGUUCAGAGUGGCUCAUCUCUGACCAAGGCAGAAUCUGUCACUCUGCCUCCCACGAGCACACGGCUCGGGGACCUUUCUGCAGGUGGGCAAGUUUCUGCAGCUUCCACAUCUUCAAUUCCUACGGUGGUUACAGACAGCAGUGUUGCAACAAGCCUCCCAAACCCUGUGCUUCCAGCAGUGUCUGACCAGUUUAAGGCAAAAUUUCCAUUUGGUGGUCUGCUAGACUCUAUGCAAACAUCAGAAACCUCAAAACUACAACAGCUAGUGGAGAACAUUGAUAAGAAGAUGACAGAUCCAAAUCAAUGCGUCAUUUGUCACCGUGUGCUUAGUUGUCAGAGCGCUCUCAAGAUGCAUUACAGAACACAUACAGGAGAAAGACCAUUUAAAUGCAAAAUUUGUGGACGUGCCUUUACUACAAAAGGCAAUCUAAAAACACAUUUUGGAGUUCAUCGAGCAAAGCCACCACUUAGAGUACAGCACUCGUGUCCCAUUUGUCAGAAGAAAUUUACAAACGCGGUUGUUCUUCAGCAGCACAUUCGUAUGCAUAUGGGUGGGCAAAUUCCAAACACGCCACUACCAGAGGGCUUCCAGGAUGCCAUGGACUCAGAGCUUUCCUAUGAUGAGAAGAAUGUUGACACACUGAGCAACUUUGAUGAUGACAUUGAUGAAAAUUCUAUGGAAGAGGACCCGGAACUAAAGGACACGGCAAGUGAUUCAUCCAAACCCCUUAUCUCUUACUCUGGGUCAUGUCCUUCUUCACCACCUUCUGUGAUCUCCAGUAUUGCUGCUUUGGAGAAUCAAAUGAAAAUGAUUGAUUCUGUCAUGAACUGUCAGCAGCUGACCAGUUUAAAAUCCAUAGAAAAUGGAUCAGGGGAAAGUGACCAUUUGAGCAAUGACUCCUCAUCAGCUGUUGGUGAUCUUGAAAGCCAGAGUGCAGGCAGCCCUGCAAUGUCAGAGUCUUCUUCCUCCAUGCAAGCUUUGUCUCCUGUGAAUAGCAACAGUGAAAGCUUCAGAUCAAAGUCCCCCGGUCUCAGUAACCAGGAAGAGCCACAAGAAAUACAAUUAAAGACAGAAAAACCGGACAGUCCGCCACCCACAACUGAAAAUGGAGGCGCAUUAGAUCUGACAUCCACCAACCCAGGAAGACCGGUCAUCAAAGAGGAGGCUCCUUUUAGUCUGCUGUUCCUGAACAGAGAACGUGGUCCCAGCCAAAGUACUCCUAGCCUGGUCACCAGUACAGCACCUACCAUGAUCAAAAUGGAAGUGAAUGGUCACAGCAAGCCGAUCUCUUUGGGUGAGGUUCCCUCGCUUCCAGCUGGAAUCCAGGUUCCUGCUGCACCACAGACAGUGAUGAGUCCGGGGAUCACCCCUAUGCUGGCACCCCCCCCUCGCCGGACUCCCAAGCAGCACAACUGUCAGUCGUGCGGGAAGACCUUCUCCUCAGCAAGUGCACUGCAGAUACACGAGCGCACCCAUACCGGUGAAAAACCGUUUGGUUGCACAAUCUGUGGUAGAGCUUUUACCACAAAGGGGAAUCUUAAGGUUCACAUGGGGACUCACAUGUGGAAUAACGCCCCUGCACGCCGUGGCCGACGCCUCUCCGUGGAAAACCCCAUGGCUUUGCUCGGUGGCGAUGCUCUCAAGUUCUCCGAGAUGUUCCAGAAGGAUUUGGCAGCUCGGGCCAUGAAUGUUGACCCCAAUUUUUGGAACCAAUAUGCUGCAGCUAUCACUAAUGGACUUGCUAUGAAGAACAAUGAGAUUUCUGUCAUACAGAACGGAGGCAUUCCUCAGCUCCCAGUAAGUCUAGGCGGAGGCGCCAUCCCGCCUCUAAGUAACCUUACCGGUGGCAUGGACAAAGCUCGCACGGGCAGCAGCCCUCCCAUUGUCAGUCUGGACAAAGCAAGUUCUGAAACGGGAGCCAGUCGUCCAUUCACCAGAUUUAUUGAGGAUAAUAAAGAGAUUGGCAUAAAUUAAAAGCAUUCAUUCCGAAUAACUGUUGGACCUCUACUCGACACAACACUUGUCCUGUUCCAUGUACAGCUUUUGAAGCUAAGCAUUAGUUUCCUGACCUAAAUGCAUAGGUUCCCUUUAAAGUUUUACCCAUAGCAGAAAUACAUAACUUUGUGGCUGCUGAAAAGUUGUCUUGCAAGAUCUGCAUGGUACUUCUUUCAACAGUGAGUUUGACUGUUACUGAGAACUUUGACACCUUUUAAUUUAACAGAAAACAAACCAGUCAUGGGAUAACUUCAUUAGAAGCAGAAAGAGGCUAGUCUACAUUCACUUUGCUUCUUACAAAACUUACUAUCACCUGAGAAAGGGGGGCUUCAUUAUGGCAUUCUGUCACACUUAUUUGCUGGUUUUGUUCAAAUUAGUUAGCAACUUGGACAAUGUUUUUAGAAAUCUUAAUCUUAAAUAAGUGAUUUAGUACCCCAAUGCUGUGUAUUAUUACAGUAUCCUUGUCUGUAGUAUUUAUAAUGUUAAGACUAUGCGGGUAACAGACAUUAUACUAGCCCCAAACUUAAAUGAAGCUUUUGUACUGCAAAAUACAUCUGGCUAUGUGAUUUUUCUUUUUUCUUUUCCCUUUUUUUUUUUUUUUUUUUAAAGCAAGUUUUGUUUUACUAUGAAUAAGUGGUUCCUUUCAAUGCAGGCAAAAUUGUGAAGUUUUAUUGGGAAAGAUAGCAUGCUUUUCAUGUGCAAGUACCUGUCAGUAACAAACCUUUUUUUAUUUAAAUAUUUGUAGCUGCUAUGUGGACAGUUGUUCUAUUAAAUGAAAAAAAAAAAAUGUAGUGUGAAUUUUAGCUCAAUGAUUGGAAAACAAGUUACAGACAAACCUUAGCACCAUACAUUAUUCACAACAUUAUAAACAGUUGUGAGUAAAUAUUCCGUGUUAUCAAAGCUGUACAAUAAAAAGGUAAUGUUUGUAUAAUGUGGUUGCAAACUCUUAAUUUAUACUAUUGCACUUUUAGUAUUUUGUAUUAGGGAGGUUUGUCUAUAAUUUGAAAUUGAACAAAGAUGUAAAGUAUUUUAUAAGUAGUACUUUGACUUAAGGAAUAAGGAGGAGGACCCUGUUGCAGUUUAUGUUUUGUUUUAAGCUCAGACAAUGAGAGAUCUUGAUCAAUUAAGCAGAAGAUUGCAGAGAACUGUCAGAUCCUUAGGAAAUAUGGGGACUGCUGUUUCUUAAAUGGAAAUGAUUCAUUUAACUUCUCUAUGAUGCCCACAUAAAAACGUGACCACCCCUGACAGAAUUCUGAUAUAUUUAUCUUAGAAGUGUGAUAUUAAUACAAGUCUAGGAUAGAGGAAGAAGAACACUAUGUAGGUUUAAUUUUCCUGUAAUCUGUUCUGUCUCAUUCACACAUAACCAUGAGAAAGAUGCUGACUCCCUAAUAACAGUGGGGACAAAAAAAAGAACUUUUGGGCAGCAUGAGCAGAAGUAACACACAAAUGCUCUGUAUUUAUUUCCAACUGUCUGAUUAUCUUUUCAGAUUGCUCCAAAGCACAAUGUACUCUGAUUAAUUAAAUAUAAUUUUACGUUGAUUGCAUUGUUGGAAUUAUGCUGAGUAAACAAUGGGAACGGUUCCACUCAUAAGCUGGGGAUGCUGAGGAGACUGGGGCUUAAUCAAAACUUGAACAGUAAAUGUUUUGUGUACUACCUCAUUUUUGUGCAUUACAAGCAUGGUGGAGUUGACACUCUGAACUUCCGUCCAGCAGAAUUGCUUGAGGGACAUUAUGGGUAGCUGGGUAACAGCGCAAGGAGUUUUAUGCCCCUGAAGAACAAAUCAGACAGUGAGGUCUUCUCAGUUGAGACUGAAAAAUAGGACAAUCUUUCUUAUAAAACAGAAACCAUUACUGUAAGAGGAUGGACUAUUUCUGCCAUCAUGUAAUGGAGUGAAAAGAGGUUCAAAGACUUAUUAGCUGUUUGUUUCUGUUGGAAAUGAACAAUGAACUCUACAGCUCCAUUUUCUACAAUGAUGAGAUAGAAAUAUAUAGAUAUAAAUAUAUAUCUAUAUCUGAGCAAAAUUAUAUAUCUGUAACACCUCUACAAUAUAACAUAAUUUUUUUGCCACGGUGUGUGGGUGGUUAGGGGUGUUUCCAAGCAUUAGAAAAAGAAAACUGAGGUGGCUUAAUGUUGCUGUAUUUCAGCAAUUGAAUGUUUUUAUUUAUCUGUGUAAUUUUUGGUGUGACUUUUUUUUGUUAGUAUUUGGUACCAUGUAGUGUUAUCUCUAUUCCCUAAAGAAUGUGUAUAACUUAAAAAAAAAGGAAAAAAUUCAAAAAAAAAAAGAAAAACAGAGAAGAAAAAAUGAAAAAGGAAAAAGAGAAAAAAUAUGUAAAGUGUUGUAAAUAAGACGGUUGACGAUGGUACAGUAAGACUGACCCCAUUUUGUAUUCAGGGCUAGGCCAUUCCUCUCUGCAUGGUGAAGAGAGACACUAUUUUUAUACUGUGAUACCAUGUAGGGCUAGGAGCCUCCCUGAAACAGCUGGGAAUUGUUACCUAGAUCCAAUAUUUUUUAUUAUUAAAUCUUGUUGGCUUGACACAUCUACUGAUUGAAAUGGAUGUCUUAGUCUAGGUUACUAUUUUUGUCAUAUGGAAUUGAAUAAAAUGCAGGAUGUAAUAUUAUUUCUGAAUUGCGUUCCUUGAUUACUCUAAUAACAGAACAAGAUAUGAGACUAGGGUUACUUGUGGUAGAUUGGUGUCAAUGACUUCUAAUCGUUGCAUCUGAAAAUCAGAAUAAGGUCGACACCGUAUAUUCAAACGUUUUUCUAAUUUAUAUUAACAGUGUAAAGGGAUAGAAUUAUUAAAAUCUCUUUUCCAAUGAAAAUAAAUUUUAAGAACAUUUAUCCCAAGGUAGUAGAACAAAAAAAGACACCAAAAAAAUAUUUUUGAGGGGGGAAAACAGACUUCGGAAUGACUACUGUUUCAAAUUGACUGCUUUCUGAACAUUUAUCCUGUACUGUCUAAUGAAAAAGCCUCCUUUUCAGGUUGUUUAAACAUCUGCCUAAUAUUCACAAUACACUGCAUGAUAAAAUUUGUGAACAAAUUUAUCAGGAGCAGUUCAAAUUCUAAAAUACAAAAAGGAAAAAAAUUGAUAACUCGCAUCCGUUCAUUCCAAAUGACAUAACCUAUAUGUUUAAACACAUAGUUUUGUUUUGUCUUUUUUUUCAAUAACCUCAAUUAUCAAAGCAUGUCUAACUUUAUCCAAUUUUUUUUUUCACAUUGAUUUAAAUGAAAGUAUUUACAUUCUUAAGGUUAGGCAUGUGGUUAAGUAUCUCCUGCAAAAAAGCUGUAUGUUUGAGUAAACUCCAAGCUGUUAUAUUCCGAUGGUGAAUGCCUGCUGCAUUUAAAACAGACAAAAGAUAAAUAAAAGAGAAAAAUCUGUAUUAAUCAUUUUUCAGUGGCCUUGUUAUGCAGAUACUGUGUUUUAUAAGACGAACCCAAAGAAGGUAUGAGUUUCCUCAGGUGACUCAACAACAAUGAUAGAUUUGUGCUUUUCUUCCUCCGUGCACGUCCCUGAGUCUUGCUGAGAGAAAACAUGAUAUGCAAAAGAGAAGAAAAGCAAAGGAGAGCUGAUAGCUAUGUUUCUGUUCAAAACACAAGAGGAAAAUUACCUGCU